ACCUUCGUCCACAUCACCGUCUUGUUCCAGCCCAGUCCCGUUUUUAGGGUUUCGUUUCCUACUUCCAUAUUCCAAUCUUCGUGCUUUUGAAGCCGAGGUAUUGGGCUUCGAGAGUGUAGUCGAAGGUCGUGAGUGCAGCCAUGCACCAAGCUCGCCGCCGCUUGGCGGUCGUGUUGGGCGACCGGCUGAUCACAUCGCCGCUUUUGCAGCGGCCCCUGUAUUUUUCCGGUUUUUCGAAUGGGUUUCGAGGGAUUGGUGAGGUUUCUUCUCGCGUUGGGGAGGUGCAGUGGCUCGGGAAGAGAGUAGGAGAGGGAGUGAGCAGGGGUUUUGCGACUAGCGCAGGUGCAGUUGAGGAGGUUCCGAAGAGGAGAGGAUGGGCGCGGAAGCUGGGAACUGUGGUAGUUGGGACUGGCGUUGCGGGAGCUGCGGCUUGGGUUGCCACCGGGGACUACCCUGUGCGGAGAGCGAAGAUGUUGUACACCAUUCCUGUGCGAUUGGCUCGAGAUGUUGCUACUGCUGUCGCUAUGGUUGCAGAUUACAAGUAUUCCCUUCAUGGGCUGCCGGAAGGGAGCCCCGAGAGAGAGGCUGCUAAGCAUGAGGCUCAUCUGCGCGGCGCCAACCGCCUGCAAGCUUUGUGCUUUAGAAAUGGAGGAAUAUACAUCAAACUCGGUCAGCAUAUUGGUCAAUUGGAUUAUCUAUUACCAGAGGAGUAUGUAAAAACUAUGCGGGCUUCAAUGUUGGACAAGUGUCCUGUUUCAACAUACAAGCAAGUAUGCGAUGUGUUUGUUGCUGAACUCGGCCGUCCUCCACAAGAGGUCUUCGCAGAGUUUGACCCGGUGCCACUUGCCAGCGCGUCAUUGGCUCAGGUCCAUGUGGCUAAAACUUUUGAUGGUCAGAAAAUUGCUGUUAAGAUUCAACACAUGCACUUGACAGACACUGCUCUUGCUGAUACCGCCACUGUUAGUCUUAUCGUCAACGUUGUUCAUUGGUUCUUCCCUUCUUUUGAUUACAGGUGGUUGCUAGCUGAAGUCCGCGAUAGUCUUCCCAAGGAACUAGAUUUUCUGAAUGAGGGCAAGAACUGUGAAAAGACUAUUAUGAAUUUCAAGAAGAUGUCUCCUAAGCUAGCAUCUCAGAUCAAAAUACCCCGUAUUUAUUGGGAGUUGAGUACGCAGCGCAUCCUUGCUAUGGAGUAUAUGGAGGGUGUGGGGGUGACUGAUGUGCAAGCGUUAAAAGCACUUGGCCUACGUCCUGCUGAUGUUGCUCGAUUGAUCAGUCAAACAUUCACCGAAAUGAUUUUCCGCCAUGGAUUUGUGCAUUGCGAUCCUCAUGCUGCGAAUAUGAUGAUUCGUGUUAAGCCUGGUACUAAGGAACCUGAACUUGUCUUAUUGGACCAUGGGCUGUAUAAAACUUUGGAUCCUGUAAUUCAAUCGAAUUAUGCCGGUUUAUGGAAGGCUCUAGUGUUCGCAGAUUCCAAGGAAAUUAAGGAGCAUUGCAUUGGAUUGGGGGCUGGUGAUGACUUGUAUGCUUUGUUUGCUGCAAUUCUUACAAUGCGUCCUUGGGACAAGAUUGUGGAUCAGUCAAUCGAUCACCUACUUGUACCUGACACUCCAGAGGAGAAAGAUGAACUUCAGGGUUAUGCGUCACAAUACUUUUGGGAAAUAUCAGCUUUGCUCAGCCGAUUGCCGCGAGUGGUGUUACUACUAUUGAAAACAAACGACUGCCUGCGGGCCGUUGAUAAUGCUCUGGGUGCUCCCAUAAAUACGUAUCUAAUUGUUGCGAGGACAUCAUCCAAGGCUGUUUCUGAGAUGGAGCGGAAGGGACUAUUUUCUAAGGUUUUACAGUUGUGGGAUAGGCUUGACUUAGAGCUUCGCUUAUUAACUUGGAAAGCAGCUGCUUUAUUGAUGGGAAUUAAGCACUGUAUGAAGAGACUAGGUUUUAAUUGACGUUGAGUCACUAGAAUGAAAUUCUUCAAUCGCAUAGGUUAACAGCAUUGAGUAGAUUAGUCAGGUAAAUGUAACAUACUGGCAAUAAGUUAGAUUGGUAAUAGCCUCAGGUAUAACUCAUUUUUUACAGAAAAAAUAAGAAACCAGUAGGUAAUCUACAAUCAUUGCCAUGGAUGUCCUACAACCUUCAAUUCAUGCACUGCAUACUGGUUCUUGAGAAAUGAACUGGUCAGCUUUUCUAUGGAACUUGGGAUGUGCAUGAACUUGUUUGCGUUUUUGGCGUGAUUUAAUGUUGUAUCUUAUUUCAGUCGUAA